AUGGCUCCUGGUCAAAAAUUGUACCCUCGGGCGACAGUCAAGAAGAUUGUCAAGGCACAGUCGAAAUGCAACCUUAGCAAGAAUGUUGAUGUCAUGAUAUUUCUCGACUAUGUCCUCUUCAUGCAGACGCUCGUGAAAGAGGCUGCUAUCGACUCCAAGCAAGCAGGCGAGCGAGGCAUCAGCGCGAAGAGCGUCAAGAAGGUGACGGCUGAUACGCUAUCCAAGUUCAAGGGAUGA